CUGUAAACAAAUAGACGAGACUUUACGCGCCAGCUGUUCUCAAUGACGGAUUUAUUGACAUAUGAAUUCACACCGAGGAUUACAUAUUUAUUAUUUGCAGUGAAAUGAAAAGAUAGUUAUCCGUCCGCAGAUUUCAUUAAAUGAAAAUGAAAACACCCCGAUUUUAACUUUGAAUUGAGAGCACACUGUCUAGAAGAUGGACUUGGGUGUAUAAGCUUGGCUGAAAUCUAAAAGUAUUCAACUUCUAAUCUCUGCAACCGUAUUGGGGGAAAAAACACGGUAUGAAAUUGAACUAAAUAGGAGAAUAACUGGAGAUAGGACAGACGAGGAGAACGUGGAAUUUGAAUCCCAAACACAACGAUGCAAGCCCGAUCACUAACACGGUCUGCUUCAGACCUCGAAUUUAAAAAGUCAGGAGUGGACUGGAGUGAGACGUACCUAGAAAAUGACCAACUGGACUCGCAAUUAGAAAGCACAAUUCACCAGAUCCGUAAAGCGAAGUACAAGGCGACGAUAGACAGCGACUACAACCUCAUGGAAGCCCGCCGUCAAGCAGAGGAGAUCCAGCAGCUCAGUAAUGCUAUCAAGAAGAAAGACCGGCCGAACAGCGUCAAGCUUUACGAAUGUAGAAACAAGUCGUUCUCCAAAUCUCGCGCUAACUCCGCUGUACAACUCAUGAAUGAAACUAUCGCGGAAAAAGAGGAAGCUGCUGAACAAGAAAGUGAAAUGACUGAGUUAAGACCUGAGUAUCCGGAUUCCGUGUCUACGGAGAAGGAACAUGGUAACGGAGAGGGGGUACACGUUGAUACCAGGUCCGAGGAGGGGGAGGGGGAGAUUAAACUCCGUCCCAUUAAUGUAGCCAUGUUUAAAUUAUCAUUGAGAAGUUUUAACCACAACAGACGGAGAGAAUCUUCCGCACAUGAGAUUCAUCGCCAGUCCAUGUCGAUUCCAAAUAUUCGUCAAACGCAAUCUGCAGCGCCAUCUAACAUACGAGAUCGACCGAGAAACAUACGAGACAUGAAACGAUCUAGUGCUAGAUCAAGGCGUCCUGCUACAUCCAAACUGCGGCAACUAAAGGACGGAGAGGUGUUGGAGGCGGUGGACAUACACCCUGUGGUGAUACUGGGAAUUAACACCCGGAAAAUGAAAGACACCAAGUCCAGGCGUGAGUUAGAGGAAAUGAGCAAAAUUCAAAGGGAAGAAAAAUUCGGAAGUCCUGAUAAAGAGAAAGCAGAGAGAAAGUCUAAAAUGAUCGCGUGGGCUAAAGGGGACGGAACUCUAGACAAUAAGAUUCGUCAUUUUAUUGCCGACAUUGAAGAUUUCAAACGUCGUUCCAUAGGUUCAGACAAUCCUUUAUUUUAUUAUCGGAGAGCAAAGUCGGUUUUGCUAGCGUAACCAUUGUUCUUAUGGUGUCGGAAUGGUAUGCACCCCCAACAUUUACACAUAUUGAACACAGUCGUUUAUCUUUUAUCAAGACAGAACAAUUUUGCACCCCCAGUGAAAAUUGUUAGUAUCAAUGUCUUAUUUGAUACAACAUUUUUGACCGGUUGCGCAUCUUGGAUUUAUACAUUGGAUCAUUGAUUCGAAGUUUAAAUCCAAUUUCACUCGUUGCACACGGGUAAGGCGUACGUGAGUACGGCUGAGAUUUACGGUAAAUACUGAAUCUAGGGUAGAGGCAUCGUCGCAAGCCACGCAGAUUGUCUCCGUCUACACUACGUCAAAUGCCGUGGCUGUAUGAUUUUUAAAAAAUUCUUGACUUCAUGAAUAUUUAUGAGAUUUAUCACUGUUCGUUAUCUUCACCUUGCAUUACUCAACCAAUCGGUGAGUUUCCAUUUUUUUUCUUUUUUGGUGGAAAGAAAAUCGUACGGAGGUCAUUGCGUGCUCGUGGCGGAAUGAUCCGAUUGAUUGAUUGAUUGAUGUUUUUCCGCCACACUCAACAAUUUUUCAGUUAUCUGGUGGCGCCCAGUUUUUAUUGGUGGAAGAGACAAUCCAGAUACAAUGUACCUGGAAAGAGACCACCGACCUUCCGCAAGUAAAUCGGGAAACUUUCGCACUUUCCGGCGCGAGCGAGAUUCGAACCCGCAUGACCCGAGGAUUGCCGAUUGAGAACAAACUGGACAUUAUUUAGCUGUUGUAACUAAUGAACGCUUCUUUGUUGACUUAACCGGUUGUAAUAAAUUUACCAUACAAUAUGCGUAACCACGCCGCUCUCUUUAGAUAAUUGUCCGGUCAACUCUAGUCUUUCAGAUUUCAACACAUCCACUUUACUCUGAAUUCCCUCAUCAAGUUUGAGAAUACUAUUAAGUUUAUUAACACAAGAAUUACAACCGUAACCACUGCUGUUAAUGCGAAUUUCAUUUAUCAAUUACUUAUAAAGUUUACUUGCUUCUGUAAACAGGGAUCUGUAGCCUUGUUUGUCCGUUAUUACUUGUAAACAUAUUCAAUACGUUUUAGCUGUGAGCACAGCCAUUAAAAUAUCGGAAAUCUGUGAUUGGUUAAAAAACAUAUUGCGUCAUUUUAUAUAUAUUCGUGAAAAUCGGGGUUUUCGCUGAUCAUGCAGUCAUGGUUGGAGGUAGGGUAGGUACUACCGGACUUGGUAACCGCGGCUAGCGACGAUGGGGUAGACGUGGUUUAAAUCUUACUUCAUCAUCCAACUUAAAUAAUGGCAGAAUAUUUGGAUAUUUGCGAUUUUUUAUAUAUUGAUACCCUGAUAAGAAGUGAUACCCUGAUAAGAAGUGUUGAUUAAACCCAUAUUUUGGCUGAUCAAAGUGCUGAUUUUUUAUAUUUUCAAUUGUAGAUUAAUUGUGAAAUUGAUGAUGAUAUUUUGCAGAACUAUUCUCUGUCUCCUUUAAAUAAAGUUAAAGCUACCUGA